AGGAAACAUCAACAGAUGCAAUAUCUUGAGUGGACUGUGUAAGAUGUGAUGAUGUGACAGAGGUUCUACGCUGGAGAAGGACAGGAAUGGGGACGUGUUGUGGACCUGGUCCUACCCGUCUGCAUCCCCAGACCAGAGGGAGAUGCUCCUCCACAAGUGCGGACUCAGCGCAGGGCUGCUGCAACCUCUGCGCUUCAUCUUCUACCAGUGGCAACAGCGGUGGUAUUACCUGCUGCACACCGACAUCAGUGAGGAACCUGCCUUGCCUAAAGUGACCAAUGUUUCACUGGUGUUGGUGACGAGGGACUUCAACCCUGAGAAGUAUGAGCGUUUGUGCGAGAUCCUGAGCAAGCUGUACCGUGAGAAGGGCAGUCCGUCCACCAUGCUGGAGGCGUACAUGGGCGUGGUGACGAGAGGAGUCUGUGCCACCGAUGAUAAUGGGAAGUUCUCAGUCAAAGACUUUGGUAACAGAAAAGCCUAUGCCAAAAGCAAUGUCAAAAAUGUUGUCCAGACGUUGGGCCUGGAGACGAUACUGUUGUACACAGCUCUCAUGUUAAAGAAACGAAUAGCCAUCUACUUUCCUCCACAUUCCCUGGCUGAUCUACAGGUGUUCACAAGAUCCCUGCCUGCCUUGGUUUGGCAUCGACAGAACUGGAGCAUCGUAUAUCCCUACGUCUCACUCACCAGCAGCGAGCUGGAGGGGCUGAAAUCUGUCAGCCAUUAUGUGGCAGGAUUCACUGAGGCUGAAGUAGAGGGGAGACCAGAUCUAUAUGAUGUGUUUGUGAACGGCCCUUCUGGACAGAUAACUGUAGCGUCUCAUGCUAAAGAUGCUCUGGCGAUGGGGAAACUCCACAAGGACAUAGCACUACUGAUGGUUCAAAAAGCCGAAUCAGCUGACACCACGGAUGAGGACAUGAUAAAGGAGUUGGCUGGGAAAACCAAGGAGUUGUUGAGCAACCUCCGGUCUCUAGCCUCUGACGAGGGAGACGGGCGACUGACACUGACUUUGGACAACCUGAAACAACGAAAGAUGCCACCAGCUACUGAGAACUUCCUGUUCAGCCUGGCAGCGUGUGAAGGACUCGUCAAGUUCUGACCAGGAGGUCUGGUCACUGCUUCCCAAUAUACCUCAGUGUAGAUAUACAUCCAUGUGGACAAUUCAUCAUUGAACACAAACCAGGACUGACUCGCCACCCAACCCCUGUUGUACAUAAAUGUAACUGUGACCCGAUGUUCAUGUGUGUCAACUACUUGAUACUGCAACAGUUAAAUUGUUGAUGCAAUGUCUUGUGACCUCCAAACUGGAUUACUGCAAUGCAUUGUAUGCUAAUCUUCCCAUGAAAGCCAUAUCAAAGCUACAAUGCAUUCAGAACUCUGCGGUUCUAAAGUUCCAAGAUCCAAUCACAUCAGUCCUGUCCUCAAAGCACUACACUGGCUUCCAGUCUCCUUUCGUAUACACUAUAAGAUAUGUAUCAUCACUCACGACUGCCUCAACAAUAGCGCCUAUCCAGUCUAUCUCAAAGAUCUUAUAUCUCUGUACACUCCAGAGCGUGCUCUCCGAUCCUCUGGUAGAACUCUACUGUAUCAGCCUCUGUCUACUUCUGCUAUGUCUGACCGUGCCUUCUCCUUUUGCAGUCCACAGUUAUGGAACGCUUUGCCUUUGAAUCUGAGAAACUCUGCUUCUAAGGAAACAUUUAAGUCUCUCCUCAAAACCCACUUCUUCACCCCCAGCUUUUCAAUAGAUCUCCUUAUUGUUGGCAUAUGUACAUAGAUAUUACUUUUUAACCUUGUCACAGCGCCAGUGAGCAACUGUCGAUGGAUAUUAGGCGCUUUACAAAUCAAUUAUUAUUAUUAUUAUAAUGUAAAUAUGUCCAACCUUUGUCUCUUAGUCUAACCAGAUGUCAUCUUCCUGAGGCAAGGGAGUUAACUGACUAUAACAGUCCAGUUUCCAUCCUUGCCGAACUAGGCUGGAAUUAUGGAGGCUAGACUAACGAGUCUAUGCAUAGUUCAAUCAAAAUCGUAUAAUGAAGUCGACAUCCAAUUCGUAAACAGCCAUGCAGGUUUUGGUCGAUUGCAGGAUUUGCAAAGCAUGUGUACCUCCCAGAAUCAAGCCCAGAAAUUCCAGCAAUGGCAACUGGACUUUUACAGUCAGCUAACUCCCUUGCCUCAGGAAGGUGACCGGAUGUUUAAUCUUAGCGUCUAAUGUAAAUGUUUAUGAAGGAAGGUGAGUGUGUGGGCGUGUGCGCGUGUGUCUGUCUGUCUGUCUGUCAAGUGUAAUUAUGGACAGCAAUCCAGGUGUUGCCUGGAACCAAUUCCACCCUGGAAUUCCCACGGUUACCGUUCAUUGGUGAAGCCACCAGAACAAUGUUAAAAGUCAUGAAAACCUUUUGACUGAUCUUAGUGCUUGAAGUGUCUUCAAAGAAGAUGUAGGAUCAUUCGAGAAAAGGUCAGUUGUCUGAAGGAAAUGCUUCAAUAUGAAAACCUUUGUCAACUGAGAAUAUUGUUCUAUGCAGGAAUGUAUACAAGCUGUGCAAUCUCAUUAAAAUCAGACCUUAGUUCUUGCUAUCGCUAAACAAAGAUCUGAGGACAUCCCAUUAAGGGUCAUGUCAGAACGACCUUUCAUCCGACCAAUCAGAGCGUCGCUUACCAGAUCA